UGUUAUCUGUCAGAAAUGUUCUUACGUGUUUGGAUUGGAUUUGCUUUUAAUGAUUUAUUUGCAAUUUACGAUGAAUUUUGAAUUAUGUACACAGUAUUGCAAACCUAUUGCUGCGAUUAGGAAACUCCUCGCUGUUCUCAGUAACCAUGUUAUUGAUAGGUAGGGCGCAGCAAACUGAAACGAUGAAGUGCGUUCAGUGUAGUAAAUUACACCCAAAAAUGAUUUUAGAUCGAUGUAAAACGGUGUUAAUAUUGUCCAGUGUAGUGUGCACGUUGGCAGUUGUAAUUUCAUUUCACAAGUUGCUCAACUAUGAGGUAAAGUUAAUAAAACCUUUCUCUCCUAUACCAGAGGGUCUGUAUGGAAAUUAUUUAGGACCAGUCUUCGAUGAAUCACCGACCCCGCCAGUCAAACGUGUUGACAAGGCUCGGGAUGCGGAAGCGGUCGUAUCUUUAAACGCCGCAUUAGAAAUGAAGAAAAAUGGUAAGACUGAUAAGGCGUUAAAACUCUUCCAGCACGCUUUUGCGCUGUCUCCAAAACACGCAGACAUAUUAAACCAUUACGGUGAGUUUUUAGAGGAUACAAAAAAAGAUGUAGUUAAGGCAGAUCAGUUGUAUACAUUAGCAUUAACAAAUUUCCCUGAGCACAGCGGUGCAUUGUCAAAUAGACAGCGUACAGCGAGCAUUGUUGAAAACCUAGACAGAGAAAUGUUACGUAAAAUAGAUGAAAAACGAGAUGCGUUAUUAUCUAUACCAGAAAAUAAUUCAGCAUUAAGAAGGGCUAAAAAAGAGGCCUAUUUCCAACAUAUUUAUCAUACAGUUGGCAUAGAAGGGAACACAAUGACCUUGCAGCAGACUCGGAGUGUGUUGGAGACAAGAAUUGCAGUGGAAGGGAAGAGUAUAGAUGAGCACAAUGAAAUUCUAGGUCUGGAUGCAGCUAUGAAGUAUAUAAAUUCUACAUUACUGUAUAGAUUAAGAGAGAUCACUAUGGGAGAUAUUCUAGAAAUACACAAAAGAGUCUUGGGACAUGUAGAUCCAAUCGAAGGAGGUCAUUUUAGAAGAACUCAAGUUUAUGUUGGAGGCCACAUACCUCCGGGACCAUCAGAAAUACUUAGCCUAAUGAGACAGUUUCUUGACUGGCUAAACUCUGAAGAUGCAAUGGACUUGCAUCCUGUUAGGUAUGCUGCUCUGGCACACUACAAAUUGGUGCAUAUCCACCCAUUCGUUGAUGGAAACGGGCGCACGUCGCGGCUGCUGAUGAACCUGCUGUUAAUGCAGGCUGGCUUUCCACCCGUCAUUGUAGUCAAGCAACACCGCCAUCUUUACUACCAGCAUCUACAAGCAGCCAACGAGGGUGAUGUUAGACCAUUUGUCAGAUUCAUAGCGCAAUGCACGGAGCGUACUUUAAACCUGUACUUAUGGGCUACGAGUGAGUACAGCCAUACAGUACGUGCUAUCGGAGAACCUCACAUAUUGUCCGGAGAGGGUUUAGAAGAUGACCUCCUAUGACCAGGUGCUAUGGACAAGUAGAUUGUAUGAAGUCAAGUAUGUUACUGUGAGAGUCUAAAUAGAAGUAUGUUUGUUGUUGUUCAGUUAUUUUGAAAGUGAUGGUUAUCUUAUUAAUGCUUUGUGUAACGGACGAACACUGAAACAACAAUUCUAUAAGUAACAGUACUUUUAACGAUAAAACCACACUUAAACUACAAAAUCCAAUAAAACUAUGACGUCUGUCCGAAUUUAAGGGUGGCUUUACUGUAUAAGACGUUGCAUAUUUAAAUGUCGAUUCACUAUUUGACCAUAAAUCAAAUUGUUAUAUUUUAAGGGGUAAAGUUUCUUUUAUCUGAUUGUGAAAGUAUGAAGAUGCUUUUAUUGGUUUUAGCCUGAUUUUGUCAGUAUUUGACAUUUAAGGGUAUAGAAAUCAUGUUAAGGUUUUAGGAAUCAAUGUCGAUUAAAAUGGUGACAAAGUCAUGAAGUUUAAUUAGUAUUUUCUAAGAAAUGUGUUACGAGGUUCUCUAAAAUUGUUUAAAUGUGUGGAAAAUUCUACUAUACUUUAGUUAACAAGGGUUACAAUUAAGUAAUUAAUACAAUCCGUAUUAUAUUAUUUAUAACACGGCUAAAACUCACGUGGGAACUUUCGGUGUAGGCACCGACCAGUUUCAAACCCGUAGGGGGUCCUUCUUCAGGGUGAGUGGAUGCCGGCUUUAUUCGCUAUCACGUCGUGACCGUCGCGACGCGAUAUGUUAUAAAUAAUAUAGUAUAAUGUCUCACGAAAGUUUAAACAAACAGUAUUUGUUAUAAUAAUCAUGUACACCAUACUUAAAUUGAAAAAGAGAAAUUGUAACUUAUGGAACAUAAGGGCUCGUCCCCACUGGCCUAGCCGGACUCUACCAUGGUACAUUUUUAAUAUCUUCCAUCAAUUGAAUUAUUAAAUAGACAUAAAAUGUUUUAUGCUACUUGCUACUAAAAAAAUGUAUAUUGGACGAUACUGCCUGCAGGCGGGCAGGAAUCUUUGUAGCAUGUUUAAUUCAAUGAAAAAUUAUACAAAAACGCAUUUCAAUGAAGUUUUGUCUUUAGGAUUAUUUCAAUUAUGUAAUUUUUGUAUGUAAAAAUGUUUGGUUUUCUUUCAUUUCGUAGUUUUGUAGGUGCUAUUUCUCAUUGUGUGGUAAAUUGUCUGUAUUUAUUUAACAAUUGUCCUACUGGACAGUGUUCUUUAUAUAUUUAUAGUAAAUAGUAAUAAACACAUAUAUAAAAAUGGUGGAUUAUUUGCUUUAAGGCACAUUAUUUAUUUUAAAUGUUGGUUUCUGCCUCAAUUAUUAUUUUAACUUCAUAUAGACAUGUGUAUAUAGAAAUUAUUCAUGAAUACUUAUUCUAACCAAAGAAAUUAUUAUUUAAAUUUUAUUUAAGUUCUCUUCAGUGUUGUAAAUAAUUUUUCAAUUUGAAUUUUUUAUAACUAUCAAUAUAAUUAGUGUGAAUUGUAGAUAUUUCAUCAAGUUCAUUUAAAGUAUUCUAAAAGCGCACACCUUUGACUAAACUAUCGCACAACCGUUCAGUCGCGCUUUUAUUCCUAUAAUAUGAAGAUACAUUACUCGAUUUUAAAUUGUGCAAUUAAACAAUUGAAUUUGCGAAACAACCGACAAUCGCACAACAGUUGGGCAUAGUUUAGUCAAAAGUGUGCAACUAGUAUACAUGUAUAAAAUAAUGUAGAAAUUGUAAAUCUUAAUACACUGUGAUACCUUAUGUUAUUUAUUUCAUUAUCUGUAGUGUAUUAUAUAGUGUAUAGUUAAACAAGGAUAUCUGUAUUGAUGUGCUGCUAAAACUGAUAGUUUCUAGAAAAUGUGUAUAACCUACGUGAGUGUAGAAAAUUAAAAGAAAACGACAUGACAGCUACAGUACGAAAGACACUUUUAUGUUAACAAGAUGGCGCAAGUGAGGUGACAAUUUAAUUUGACUUCCGCCCAACGGUUCAGAUAUCCUUGUUAGUCUAUAGUUUGGAACUCACCAUAAAUAAGUAUAAGUGGUGAUAUAUAAAAAUAGCAGGUGUUCCCGUUAAAUUUACAUUUAAAUUCCAUUUCCAUUUAUUUAAUUUUACUGUCUUCCUAAAUACUUUGUACUGUUUGUGCAUUUUUGUUGAUUCUAGUACAAAACCUUAUCACAUUUGAAUAAAAUG